GGUCGCCAAAGCAGUGCGUGUUUCAGUGCAGUUUAGAGCAUGGCAUCUCUAUCGUUACCGCGCGUACUACAGCACCGGAAGUCUCCCGUUGAGAUUGAACGUGAAAAUCUCGUUAAAAAUUUGUGAACAUUUCUGCACGGAACCAUUUGUAAAGCAAAGCAUUUUUGACUGUAAACAUGUCGCUAACGGAUAAAGAGUAUUAUAAUCUGACCAUCAGCAUUUCCAAAGCGCUAAGCAAUGUGGAAAUGCCCAUCAAGGUGAAGCACGUCCGUGCCGCUAUCAUUGGUACAUUCCACAGCAAUGGUGGGCAUGCUUUUUGGGCCAUUGCUAUCCGACAGCCGAUACAGGACAACCGCAUAGUGGCGUGGAAGUUUUGCCAUCUGCUGCACAAGAUACUGCGCGAGGGACAUCCGCUCUGCUGCCAGCAUUCCAUGCGCCAUCGAGCCAUGCUGCUGGAAGCGGGAAAGCUGUGGGGCCACCUGAACGAUGGAUACGGUAUCUGUAUUAAACAUUACACCAAGCUGCUGGUGACCAAGCUCGAGUUUCACGAUCGCAAUCCCCGUGUACCGGGCAGUCUUUCGUUGCGCCAGGGCGAUCUAGAAAAGAUUGGCGAGGGAGACAUUAACAUUUACUUCCAGCUUGCUGUAGAAAUUUUCGACUAUCUAGACGAUAUUGUAGCACUGCAAGCCACAAUAUUUAACUCCAUCACAACAUUUUGCGUCAGCUCGAUGACGUCGGCCGGCCAAUGCCGGCUGGCACCGUUGAUACCUUGCAUCCAGGACUCCAAUCCGCUGUACGACAUGUUGGUGCGUGUGAUGUUCAAACUGCACGCCAACUUACCAUCCGAUCUGCUGACCGGCCAUCGACAGCGGUUCAACACAUUGUUUCAUCAGCUGAAAUCGUUCUACGGUCAGUCGCGUAAUUUGCAGUAUUUCGUCAAUCUUAUCACUGUGCCGAAGUUACCUGAGGCACCGCCCAAUUUCGAGCUGCAAAGCGAUCUCGGCAACUACCAAACACCGGUCGUAGUAAUGCCCGACAGUGAUCCCAUCGACAAUGAACCGGAACCGCCGGCGAUCGACAAUCUUAUCGAUACGGCCGAAGCUACCCCACCGAUACCGGAGCUACCGCAUUCGAACAAUCAUCAUCAGCAGUCGACGGCACCGGUUGUGCCAGUGGCACAGGUAAUGGAACUGGAACGAUUGAUCCAGGAGCGGGACGAUCUCAUACGCCACCUGCAGAUGGAAACGCAACGAUUGUCCAAUCAUUUGAAGGCGGUUUCUGUAGAGCAGCGGGAUGUGCAGUGUCGCAUGGAGGAUCAAAUAGCGUCGCUUAAUGCGCAGCUCACACAAACCCAGGGAGAGCUAACCAAUCUUCGGUUUCAGAAGGAAGAGCUAGAGCUGCGUGCUCAAACGGCACCGACGCUAGAACAACGUGCUCAAGCGGAAGAAGAACGGGCGAAGGCCAGUGAGGAAAAGUUCCAAAAGUUGAAAACAAUGUAUACGCAAAUAAGAGAUGAACAUGUCAACCUUCUACGCCAGAUGAAAAUAGAUCAAUACAAAAUAGUUUGCUAUAAAAAGCACGGUGAAAUUAGCCGCCAACUAGCCUCGUCAACGAAAGUGGCAGCGGAAGCAAGCAAAGCCAAGGAAGAACUGCAAUGCCAGCUGCAGGAGCUUGAGCAAAAGCAAGCCCUUGUGGAAAAUGCACUGCAGCAAAGCUCGACCGAUGCACGGCAGGAACAGGAAGCGAUCAGCGAACAGCUGCAAGUAAUGACGCAAAAGUGUGAAUCGCUUCAAAGCCGCUACGAUGAGAUGGAAGCAUCGCGUCAGGCUGAAAUAGCCGAACUUCGAAUCAGCCUAGAACGGUUGGAAGGUGAACUGCAAACAUUCCAACAAGAUCGUGACUCGCUUUCGAACGAGAAGGGCACCCUGGAGGAACGGUUGUCGGAAAUACAAAGUGAAAAGGAGGAGCUUGGUGUGAAGUACCAGGAAUGCAUGACCAAGAUUGCCGAGCUUGAGCUUAAGACUGAUUCGUAUGCAAAGGAAGAAAUGUCUUUGCAGCAAAGUGUGAACGAAAAUUCUCUAAAAGCACAGGAACUUGCCGAACAAAUCGAACAACUGCGGACGGAAAAUGAUGCUCUCAAACAACAAUACGCGGAUCUCGAAGCAGCCAAAGCGUCCCAGGAGGCAGAGUUCCAGCGGACACAUCAGGAGGAAUUGCUGCGAUUUGAUUCAUUGCAGACGGAAAUGGAUGAAAAGCUAACAACGCUCUCGGCGGAAAAGGAAUCGCUAGCGGGUGAAAAACAACAAACCUGCCAACAGCUGCUAAUGCUUCAAUCGGAGUCCUCCCAAAAGCAGGCCGACUUUGAAUCGCUCGAAAAGGACCUAAAAUCCGUACUGGAGCAAAAGGAUCACGAGCUGGAAGAGCUUAAUGCCAAGUAUCACGAACUGGAAGAGAAAUAUCAGAGUCUAGAUGCAAAUAUGGAACGAUUGCUUUCCGAAAAGGAAUCAGUCGAGUUUGAUCUGCAAGAUUUACUUCACCAACAGGAGCAAGCCGAACAGAAGCUGCAGGCCGCACUGGGGCAAGUCGCAACCCUGGAAACUGCGCUGAUCGAUAGCAAAAUCAGUGGCGAAACGGCGCUCCGCACAUUGCUGGAAGCGUGCAUUAAAUCGUCGGAAAAGCUGACUCUACGCGCCAUUGGAGAAAAUGAAAUGCCUGGUGCUGGAGGAACGCCCACCUACUUCCUGAUGAUUGCCGAGGAGCUGCAGGAGGUGCUGACCAAGUUGAAAAUGGUGCAUGAAAACUACCUGAAGGAUAACUCAACGAACGUUGAAUCGCUGGCAAGAAAAGUUAUUAUCGGUGCCCAUCUGCUAGCUUCCGCUCACGUGCAGGGCAUGACGGUGUGCAACCGAUCGGCUAAUAUUGAAAGCGGUGAACGCAUUGCAGAAGAACUGAAAAAACUUGGUCAAUCGAUCACGACUCUCUUCCAAUCGCUGCAAAAAACUAGCGAAGCCAACACGGUCAGUGAGCGUAUCACCGAUUUGAAGGUGCAGCUUGAAGAGGUAACGACCAUGAUCGUUGAUCUGGGCAAGCAAACCGAUGGUACCGAAAAUUUGGGUGAUAUGGUUGAAUCUGAGCUGACCAGCAUGGAUAAAGCGAUCGAGGAAGCAGCGUCCCGUAUUCAGGAAAUGCUAUCAAAGUCCCGUGCCUCCGAUUCGGGUAUUAAGCUGGAAGUGAAUGAAAAGAUUCUUGAUGCGUGCACGAGUCUCAUGCAGGCAAUCAGAGUGUUGGUUCAGAAGUCACGCUUGCUGCAGUCGGAAAUUGUUGCCCUCGGCAAGGGCACUGCUUCGGCCAAGGAAUUCUACAAGCGCAACCACCAAUGGACGGAGGGACUGAUUUCGGCGGCAAAGAGUGUGGCUCAGGGUGCCAACUUUUUGGUUACUGCGGCAAACAAAACGGUUGCUGGUGGAGCCAAACAUCAGCUGGAUUUGGUGGUUGCCGCACAGGAGAUCGCAGCCUGUACGGCACAGCUAGUAGUGGCCAGCCGGGUGAAAGCUCCCCGUUCCAGCACCAACCUAACGGCGCUUGGCACAGCGUCCAAGAACGUUACGCAGGCCACCGGAAUUGUUGUUGCCACGGCGAAAGAUUGUAGCCAGCGGCUCGAAGAUUCGCAGGACCUUGAUCUCGGCACACUCACGGUACAUCAGGCCAAAACGAAGGAAAUGGAGAUACAGGUGAAGGUGCUGGAGCUGGAACAGGCCUUGCAGGUUGAACGGAUGCGAUUGGCUUCGUUCCGGAAAAAGAAUUAUCAACAACCAGUGGAAGAGUAGUGGUAGCAGUAGAAGUAGUAGCGCGUAUAC